AUUUUCCCUUCCCUCCUCUAGCUUGAUAUCACCGCCAUGGCGAGCAAGCCAUCCACCCACUUGGCUCCUCCCCCCACCCCCACCCCCGAAGCCACCGUGACCACGCCAUCGUCCACCGCCGUCGCAUGCUCACCCGACUCUCAUCAGCCCGUCAUGUCACGGGGGCUGAGCACGUGCACCUCAAGUGCAGCCAGUGUCAGUGACACGCAGCCAAAGAACGUCUUCUGGGUCUCCCCCCAGAAGGCAGGCUUCGGCGUGUUCUGCCAGACGCUCGACUUUCUGUUUGAGGUGCUGGCGCUGUGGGAGAUGGGCAGGCGGGGCUACCACACGAUAAUGGCGAUUGACUUGGUCUUCAUCGGCGUCUCCGUCUCCAUGCACCUGUUCUGGCGGGACAGCAAGCACCCGCUGAUGAAGCACAGGCAGCGGGGGCCGGCGGAGAAGGUCCUCGUCUACUUUGGGAUGUCGGCCGUAUGCGAGACAGAAAAGGGGCGAGGGGGGGAGCAGGCAGACCAUGAGACACUCAUCAUUGUUCUCUCUUGUGUGUGUGCAGAUGGGCAUAAGCAUCGAUCACUGCACUGGGAAGAUCCCCGUGUGGACGCCCGAGAUAGCCAAGGUCCACGGGGUCUUCCGCAGCAUCGACAUGAUGUACCGCAGCAUCCCCGCCCUCCUCAGCUAUGUGUUCUUCCUCUUCGCUCACCCAGCCAACUACAGAGACAUCCUCUUCUGGGACCGAUUCGGCUUCUGGCUCUUCGCCGUCUACUCCGCUGUCCACUUCGCCUACACCACGUCGUCGCACAUACAGCACUUCGCGCAGUUCCCGCAUUGGAAAGGUGAGUGAACAGAAAGACACAAGUCUCGACACACAGAAAACUGUGUGUGCUGCAGGUUUCUUCAUCGUCUUUGUGUUCCACCUGGCCGACAUCGGUUUCUGGAUAAUGCAGCUGGGGUGCCUGUGUUUCUUCCUGGGCUGCCUGCCUGCCGUGCUGGUGCUGCUGUGGCAGUGGGCGUCGCGGCAGACGAUCAUCAUCACGCGAUACGUGCUGGACAAGAAGAAGGCCUCUCCUAAGGGCCUGUUUAAGUACCUCCGGACGUGGUGGUACCUGCUCUUCGUCCAACAGCCUAUCAACCUGAUUGCGUCAUCUCUCGGGCCGGUAGCCAAGCCAGACAGACAGACAGACAGAUAGACUGGCUUGCGCGCUUCUUUCUUUGCUCAUGAAUCAUUUUGUGUGCUGUCUCGGUGUCUCAGGUGGGGCAGGCCCACCCGGUGUAUCGGUGGAUCAUCCUUGCGCUGCGCUACAUCGAGACAGCCGCCAUCCUCACCUUCAUAUGGGCCACCAAACCGUCGAAGUCACGCAUGGACGGUCAGUGCCAUUGGCUGGACCGCAGGCGAGAGACAUGCUGACGCGUGUGGCUCCCUCCCUUUGUGUCUGUGUGCAUUUGAACAGAGUGGGGAGUGGGUGAGGAUUUCCACAUCAAGCUGACCAACCAGGUGUUGAUGCCCUGGAGCCUCGUCAACCUCUACUUCCACACCUACUGCGUGGCGGCCAUUGCGUCGGGCUCAAUGCCCUCGCUGAUACACCUCAACUUCAAUGCCACCGCCGCAAGUGAGGAGACACAGAAAUCGCGCAGUCACACGCACAAUCUCCCACCCCCCGCCCCCCUUCCAUGUCCCAUCACCCAUUGUGCAGAGGACAGUAACGUCAACAAGGUGAUAAUGAUCAGCAAGCAGCUCUUGCGCCCAUCCGUGGUGGACCCCAAGAACCGGCCGAGGUCGAAGAGGCCGCCGCCCCUCAAUCAGAACCCGCCACGGGCCGACGCGUACUCCAAGAAGAUAGAGGCGCUACACAAACCACAAGACGGUGCAGAGAGGGAAACGCCGGAGGACGACGGCUACUCGGCAGAGGGAGAAAUGGACCAUGAGGUACGUCUGCAGAUAGAUGCCAGCCUCCCUCCCCUGGCUGCAUACGCCUUCUGUGUGUGUCUCUGCGUCUUGGUGUGCAGGGCUCGCCUCACUUCAACAACGAUUCCCAGCCGCCUUUCCACGAAGGAGAUGCCGCCUUCAUGAUCGACGACGACAUGGUGCUCCACGACACCAUCGAGUUUCCUUCAGGACUAGCUGCAGGGACCGACGACGGGGCCGAGGGUGCGGGUGAGGGUGAGGGUGGGGGUGUGGCGGGGAAGCUCAAGACGUUCCAUGCGUUUUCUGGUGUGGGCAAUGCUGGCGGGCAGCAGAGGGAUUGGGCACAGAAGCCAUAGGGAGAGAGGGGAUUAAGGGGUGCUCUGUGUAAGCGCGUUGCGUCAUGUAAGCACCUGAUUGUGACAGUUAGGAG